AUGACAACCUUCGUUAGUGAGCGAGCUGAAGGCGCACGCGCCAAGAAUUCUUCGAAGCGCCUUGGCAUGCAGGGCAUCUUUCCGGGGCUGAGCGUGCCUGUCCUUGUGAUACGACAAACCAAGGAGUACAUAACACAACGCAUGCCCAGCAUUUACAAAACCAGCGGUCUUGGACAAUUCCUCUUCGGGUUCGACGAUGAGACAAAGGCAAAAUAUCCACACUGCUUCACCGAUCAUAACAUUGAUCGGCACAAAUGCCAGCGUGUCGUGCCUAUGAAAGUAUUAAGUCUGGGGAUGGGAAGGACAGGCACUGCCUCGAUGAAGGCUGCAUUGACAAAGCUCGGCUAUCCCACGGCACAUGGCUUUGACAUGCAUUCGAAUCCAAAAGAUUGCGAGAUGUGGCAAGAAGCCAUCAACGCAAAAUACUUCGGCGACACCUCCAUCACCCUCGACCGCGCAUUCUGGGACAAACUUCUCGGCCACGUUUCCGCCGUGACCGACAUGCCGUGCAACAUGUUCGGCCCCGAACUGAUAGCAGCAUAUCCCGAAGCGAAAGUCAUUCUCGUCGAACGAGAUGUAGACAAAUGGUACCCUUCCUUUGAACACGCGCUUAUCGAAGGCACUGACAGUCCCUUCUUGUGGCACGCGAUACAAUACCUCGACUACAAGGCUGCGCACAUGAGUCCGACUGUAUGGCGUGGGAUGAUGAACGGCCAAUUUCGAGCGAAAGACUCAAAGGAGUGGCGUGCCAAUGCGAAGAUGAUCUAUACAGAGCAUUAUCAAGAGAUCAGAACUGUGUUGAAGGAUCAACCUGAACGAUUACUGAAUUAUCGACUGGACGAUGGAUGGAAGCCGUUGUGCGAGUUCUUGGGACAGCCGAUACCGGGUGGGCCCUUCCCAAAGGUGAAUGAGAGCGAGCAGCACGAUGAGUUCGUCGCCACGGUGAUCACGAUUAUGGGACGACGCCUGGUUGGGAACAUUCUGCGGAUCGCGAUGCCUGUGGUGGUAGGACUGGUGGCGUGGCGGUACCUGGCUUGA